GUCAUUACAAAAAGUGCGCAAGUGCGGAAUGGGGGAGAAGAGGGGAAGAGUGAACGAGAGAUCGUGGUGAACGAGGAGCAAGAUCUCUCCUUAUCUUUCCAUUUUCCGAGUGCGUGGGAGAAAAUCGUUUCGAUCGAGAGAUGAGUUCCGACCUCGGGAAAGUCAUGUACCCGAUGCGACCGCUAACGACGCUACCGCCGAUACCGCCGCAGGAUGUCAUGUAUAGAAUGCAAAAUAUCCACGAGGAAAAGUUCUUGCCUAUAGACGAGCACCAAUGUCGUCUCGCAGAAACCCUCGAUACCAAGAUGCCCGCCACGGAACUCGACAUCCCGGAGGAGAUUAUCCGUAUUCUGAAGUUACCUAUACCAGAAUAUCAAGAUCUGGAGACUCGACAGAUCAAAGUUCUUACUCAACUGGAAGAUCUUAAAAAACAAGUCUGUACAUUGUCCCAAUUUUUGAAACAAUCAAGUAAAGCACCUAAAUCGAAUGAAAAUAACAGAGUAGAAACUACAACAGAUUGUGUGUCAUCUCAGGAACCAAUCAACAUUAAGGUGGUAGUGCAUGCAGAUCCAAACUAUGUACCAUAUUCAAUACUCGCUUUACAGAAAGUUUGGACCGACGUUGAUAUAAGAGUGAUAUCAUAUAAGCAUUCAUCUAUCGCACCAAUGCAACUUAUGAUUCCUUUUCAAAAUAUUAAUAAUUCUGCUGCAAAAACCAUUGUACAUUUAUCAUUGAUAUGGAAAGAGAUCAAGGAAUUGGAAGUUGUUACAGGCGUGGAAGGAUAUGCCAUAAGAGGUGAAAGUAAUUUCCUCAGAUAUUUGAGCAGGCAAAUAGACGCGCACAACUAUGAGAAAAUAGAGCCAAAGCCACAUUUCUUGGAUGUGGUACUCGAUUGGUGUUAUAAGACUUAUGAACACCUUAAGACGGGAGGUACAUACAAAGAGGUGAAGUUUUAUGACCCAACCCGUUAUUUUCGACAACGGUCCAAAACGUCUGAAUAUAACAUCGCGGAGAUUGCACUAUGGUCUUUGCUUAAACGAUUCCCUACAGAGAAAAUGCCACCUGAGUUUAAACCGUGGUACAAAUCUUGCGAAAAGACUUUCAUAGAUGAAGCUUAUACAUAUGAAUGUAAAAAUGAUACACUUAAUAAAUGAGUGAGAUAAAACAAUAUAAA